AUGGGGGAAGUUCAUCAGCUCUACUUCGUGCUCUUAUUGGGCACGGUUGCCAACGUGGAUUCAUUCCACAGCUUGGCCAGCGAGAGAAGUUCAAUAGAAAGCACGUACGAGCUCACCAAAUAUCUGGAGUACCAGCUCAAGGAGAUCAAAGAUGUCUAUUUGACAUACCUCGGCCCCCCGUUCAACGACAAAGACUUUUCGCCGCCGAGGCCCAAUAGCACGGCUCUCUCCCUGCCCAGCGCCGCCACCCGCCUGGAGCUGUGGCGCGGCCUGGAGAACCAAGCCCGUCUGGCUCAGAACCAGAGGGCCUACUCAAUCCUUUUGGCGGCUGUAAGAGAGCUGGCCCGCUCCACCCUCUGCCCCUCCCUCAAAAUCUCCCUGUUGCACUUCUGCACAGGACUGGACGGCCUUUUGGGCUCCAUAUCAGCGUUGAUGACCACCCUGGGUUACGCCCUUCCCGAAAAGAAACCGGGUGACCUCCAGUGGGGGGUGGGGCCCGCUAUGAACGACUUUGCCAGGAAAGUGGAAGGCUUUUGGAUACUGCGCGAGCUGCAGAGUUGGUUGUGGCGAUCGGCGAAAGACUUUAACCGCCUCAAAAGGAGACUGAGAGGCUGA